AUGGCCAAAGGAGGAGUUACCAAGAAGGGAAAGGAUCCCAAUGCCCCAAAACGUGCCAUGUCCGCGUUUUUCCUCUGGAUGCAGGAAAACCGUCAGCGUCUGAAGAAGCCCGGCAUGAGCGUAGCCGAUGUUGCCAAAGCCGCCGGAGUUGAAUGGGGAAAAUUGGGCGACAAGAAGGAGUGGGAAAAGAAGGCCGAAGAUGACAAAAAACGAUAUGAGAGAGAAUUGGCCGCGUACAAAAAAGGGCAAGCUUAA